AUGGUUGUCGGGAACAUCUACGCCAUUGCGGCGGUCUCCGUCAUUGGAGGUGGUCUAUUUGGAUUUGACAUUAGUUCUAUGUCUGCAAUCAUCAGUACACCGGCAUACAAAUGUUACUUCAAUCACGGCCCCGAUGGCCCUCCCUUUAACGAUAGUCUGACUUGCAGUGGUCUCAGCUCUCUGGCGCAGGGUGGUGUCACUGCUUCCAUGCCCGCUGGUUCGUGGCUCGGUGCUCUGAUUUCCGGUUUUAUCUCGGAUCGUCUUGGUCGCAAGUAUGCUAUCAUGAGUGGAUGUAUUGUCUGGAUUAUUGGUUCCAUUAUCGUCUGUGCUUCCCAGAACAUGGGUAUGCUGAUCGCUGGACGUAUCAUCAACGGUCUCUCUGUCGGUAUUGAGUCCGCCCAAGUCCCCCGUGGUCGUUUGGUCGGUUCCCAGCAGUGGGCUAUCACCUGGGGUAUCCUGAUCAUGUACUAUAUCUCCUUCGGCUGCUCCUACAUCGGCGGCGGAGACUCCACCAACUAUAGCGAGAAAGUCUUCCGUAUCCCCUGGGGUCUGCAGAUGCUUCCCGCCGUCCUACUUUUCGUCGGUAUGAUGUUUUUGCCCGAGUCACCCCGCUGGCUCGCUCGCAAAGACCGCUGGGAGGAGUGCCAAUCCGUCCUCACUCUCAUCCACGGAAAGGGUGACCCCAACAGCCCAUUCGUCGUCGCUGAGAUGCAGGAAAUCGGUGAUAUGUGCGAGUUUGAACGCCAGAAUGCCGAUGUUUCGUACUUGGAGCUGUUCCAGCCAAAGAUGAUCAACCGUACUAUCACCGGUAUGUUCUGCCAGAUCUGGUCUCAGCUUACCGGUAUGAACGUCAUGAUGUACUACAUCAACUACGUAUUCGAAAUGGCUGGAUACGAGGGUAACGCUGCCCUGCUGGCUUCCUCGAUUCAAUAUGUUAUCAAUGUUGUCAUGACCGUCCCCGCCCUUAUCUGGGUUGACACCUGGGGCCGUCGCCCAACUCUCCUGAUCGGUGCCCUGUUUAUGAUGACCUGGAUGUUCGCCAACGCCGGUCUCAUGGCUUCUUACGGUGUGGUCGUUCCGGGAGGUAUCAAAGGUGUCGCUGAAGAGUCUAUGCGCCUCAGCGGCGCCCCUGCCAAGGGCUUGAUUGCAUGCACUUAUCUCUUCGUUGCUUCUUACGCGCCAACCUGGGGACCGCUGUACCCUCUCCGUGUCCGUGGUAAGGCUGUUGCACUGGCUACAUCUGCUAACUGGGCUUUCAACACUGCUCUCGGUCUUUUCGUGCCUGUCGCCUUUGCCACCAUCCGCUGGCAGACUUACCUGAUCUUCGGUGUUUUCCUGGUUGUCAUGACUAUUCAUGUCUUCUUCAUGUUCCCUGAGACUGCUGGAAAGACUCUGGAAGAGAUCGAGGCCAUCUUUGAGGACCCUCACGGUAUUCCUUACAUUGGUACUCCUGCCUGGAAGACUUUCCACGAUACCAAGCGCACCGCUGCUGCUGAGCAGGGCGAUGUCGAGGUUCUCGGUGAUAAGCUUGCUGGCAACAAGGCUGCCGUCGUGCACAGCGAGACAAACGAGACCAAGGCCUAG